GUGAAGGCGGAAACACGUGUUUGCCGUUGCCAGAUCCCAUUGGUUGCUUCGGGUCCGUUUUGAAAAAGUCGCUGAUUUGAGGCUUUGAGGCGGAGGGAAGAUUCAAAACUAGACAAACAGAAACAGUGAAACCAGCACAGGCACCACGCUACGAUGACGAGACAACUGAAGGGUAAACCCCCCCGCAGGUAUCCUCCAAAAAAAACCUCCAGCAACCAAACGGACCCAGUUGGGGUAUAUUGCCGUGUGCGACCCCUGGGAGCUGAGGAUGAGGAAUGCUGCAUUGAGGUGAUCAGCAGUACCACCAUCCAGAUGCACACCCCGGAGGGCUUCAAAACAAACCGCAAUGGAGAAUACAAAGAGACACAGUACUCCUUCAAAAAAGUCUUUGGAGUUUCAGUAUCACAGAUGGAGCUCUUUGAGCAUGUGGCGAAACCUCUUGUUGAUGACCUCAUCCGUGGAAAAAAUGGUCUGCUUUUCACGUACGGGGUGACAGGAAGUGGAAAGACUUUCACCAUGACAGGCUCUCCAGGCCAGGGUGGACUUCUGCCUCGCUCCCUUGACAUGAUUUUCAACAGUAUAGGUCCUUACCAGGCCAAGAGAUAUGUAUUUAAGAAUGAUGAGAAAAACAGUAUUGAGAUUCAGACUGAAGUAGAUGCUUUGUUGGAGCGCCAAAGGCGGGACAACAACUUGUCUGUUCCUAAAACACCCUCCACCAGGCUAAAGGCUGAUCCUGAAAUUGCUGACAUGAUUAAGCCAGAGGAGGCCUCUAAAUCAGAUGGCGUGGAUGACGACAGCAGCUACAGCAUCUUCGUCUCCUACGUAGAAAUCUACAACAACUACAUCUAUGAUCUCCUGGAGGAAACUCAGGAAGAUGCAAUCAAGCCAAAGUGGAAUGGUGGAGGCACACCAGUGCGCCAGAACACCGAGUUGAUACCGCCUCAGUCUAAAAUCCUCAGAGAGGAUCAGAAUCACAUCAUGUAUGUGGCCGGUUGUCUGGAGGUUGAAGUCAAAUCUGCCGAGGAGGCUUUUCAAGUGUUCUGGAGAGGUCAAAAAAAGAGGAAGGUUGCGAACACCCGGCUGAAUAGAGAGUCCAGUCGCUCCCACAGUGUGUUCAUUAUUAAACUGGCUCAGGCGCCUCUUGAUGCAGAUGGCGACAACGUUCUCCAGGAUAAGAACCAGAUAAGUGUUAGUCAGCUGUGCCUGGUGGACUUGGCAGGAAGCGAGCGAACUGGCAGGACAGGGGCAGAAGGCACUCGUAUACGUGAAGCAGGUAACAUAAAUCAGUCUUUGCUGAAUCUGAGGACAUGCAUCGAGAUACUUCGAGAAAACCAAAUGUGUGGCACAAACAAGAUGGUCCCCUAUCGAGACUCCAAAAUAACCCACCUGUUUAAAAACUACUUCGAUGGAGAGGGAAAAGUUAGAAUGGUUGUCUGUGUCAAUCCCAAGACUGAUGACUAUGAGGAAACCCUGCUGGUGAUGCGGUUUGCAGAGAUGACCCAAGAGGUGGAAGUGGCCAGGCCAGUGGACAGACCAAUCUGUGGCUUUACUCCAGGCCGUCGUCAUAGAAACCGGGCAUUCAAAGAUGAGCUGUCUCGCAGAUUGGAAGAACGUGGUGGCCCCAUAGAUCCUGACAUGCCUGCUGCUGCUGCAAACACUCUGAUCCUCAGUCUCCCAUCUCUACCCUCCUGUGAGCUGACUGACCCACAUGAUGACAUCACGCUGCCCAGGCUGAUUGAAGCCCUGAAGAACAGGCAGAGGAUCAAGCAGAUGCUGAUGGAGGAAUACAGUAAAACAGCCAACAUGAUGAAGCCUGUGCUCCAAGAACUGGAUACCAGCCUAAUUUCCAAAGACAACUUUAUUCAGGAACAAAACGGCAAACUGAUAGAGAAAGACAAAAUCAUCCAAGGCAACAAGGCAGAGAUUGAACGUUUAGAGAAGAAAACAAAGAUGCAAGAACACAAGAUUGACAUCCUGCAGAAAACAACUAAAAUCUUUGAAGAUGACAAGCGCUCGCUGCAGCAUGAGCUGGAAACCAGAGAGCAGAGGCUGCAGAGAGAGCUGUCAGAGAAGAGACGCAUGGAGCAGCGCAUGCAUGGCGUGAUCUCGGACACCCAGUUCAAGUGGGAGAAAGAAUGUGAGAGACGUGUUAAUGCACUGCAGCUUGAGAUGCAAAAUAAGCUGUGGGUGAAAGACGAAAAGCUGAAGCAGCUCAAGGCCAUCGUGACAGAGAGCAAGACUCCAGGUCGCCCUGAACCUCCACCCCGUCAGACGCAGCCACAGCCUCUACCACAACCACAGCAUCAGCCCCGCUCUCAGCGACCCUCCAAAGAGGACCGCCUACCGCCAAAGAGAUCAGCAUCACCCUCACCUGUCCCCACGACAGCACCAGUACGCCCGCGUCACCGUCGUUCCCGCUCUGCUGGUGGGGAGAAGUGGGUGGACCAUAAGCCAUCGUCUAGCAUGGACUUGGGCACAGUUUUGCAGCCGGUCAUCCCCAACGCCAUCCAGGUGUCUGCACCCAGCGAGAAGGCUCUGUCCAAGUGUGACAGAUACGUGCUAACGCACCAAGAAGUUGCCUCCGACGGCGAGAUACAGACCAAACUUAUAAAGGGCGAUGUCAUCAAAACGAGAGGAGGGGGGCAAGCUGUCCAGUUCACUGACAUUGAGACACUGAAACAGGAGCUCACUACAGUCCCAAGGCGGAAGAGGAAAUCUUCAGAAGGCGUGUCAGCCAGUGGAGAUGGAGCUUUGACUGAUGUGGAGACGAGGUGCUCUGUGGCUGUGGCGAUGAGGGCUGGAUCAAACUUGGGACCUGGGUUGGAGCAUCAUGCAGUCACCAAGCGCAGAAAACCCUAAAAGCUGCUGACAGAUCAACAGUAACCACUCCCCUUUAUCCUCACCUGGCUGUUGUGCAAUAGUCUGACCUCUGUUUUUAUAUUUAGUUCUAGUGAUGAUAUUUAAAUGCUUUCCAUCUUUUUAUAUAAAUAAACAGAAGAGUAUAUACAUAGGUCACCAAAACAUUGUUGUGUAAAAUAACUAUCUAUUUACUCAGAUAUAUGCAUCUUUAGUUACUGUGGCUCUACAGCUAAACAAAAUUCUGUUUGCACAUAUUUUACUCUGCUCACGAGUUAUUGUAAAACCUCCACAGUAAUGAUUUUUGUCUCAUGUAUACAAUUUGUCUGAUUUUGGUGAAUUAAACUGAGCUUCAAGUUUGGAAAAAGUGUUUUU